UUUGAGGAAAUGAAAGACCCGUAGCUAACGGGUUUAUAUCGUUGAUGUUGAAUUUAGUUAUCGUCUCUCUAGCUAUACUUAAUGAAUUGUAGAGCUGAAGGUUCUAUGUGGUCGCAUCCUAGUACAUAGGUAUCUUAUAUGAAAAGGGAAAUUUGAAAACUACAAUAAACUUCCCGCUCUUUUCAACCAAAUCCCAAUGUAAUGCAAACCCCAACUAUUAUUUGGUAACAGAACUGGUUGCUCUCCCCCCUAUUUUAUCUAGACCUCACUUGAAGAAUAUGCACUUAUACAUAGUGGGUAUUUGCUCCACUUUCGGGUUUGGAAAAUUGUUGAUCCACCUAUAUUCUUUUUCCUUGCCAAUUGCUUAAUUGAAUUGAAUUAUUUCCUCGUGUUUGUUUCCCACUAUCUGAUCACGACAAUUCUCAAGCCCCAGACUGCACAAUUUCGAAACACCGGCCGAUACGGUUUCGUUCGAAGCUAGGAGCUAAUUCUCGAUAAUCGAAAUUUGCGUCGGGAGCAAUCCCCAGUACACCGGUCUGAAAUACGCCAAGUAGGAGGUUGAAGAGCUUGGGGUCGCGGGGAGUCGCUUGGGACCUUAAUUGGUGAGCGGUAUUUGGCGUUGGAAAAACUAAGGAGUACGAGAGCACGUAUUAUCCGGCGACUACGGCGGGUGACAGCGGUUGGAAAGCCUUUUGCACACCAAACGACCUAGGUGGAAAUCUUAGGCGGCGAGCCUCCAAUCCAACACCAUGUUCAGACCUAUAUCCCGUGGCCUCUUCACGGGGUCGCCCCGCGCCUCCCUUAUCCCAUCAACCCAGACCACAACUGCUGCGGCGACGUCCUUAUCUCUUCAAGUAGACUCUACGUCUCGCUCGAUACAUACCACGGCUCCCCGUACGGCUUACCAGAAUCCAAGGGCACCGGGCUUUAGAGGCGGCGAUCCGAGGACCGAGAAGAAGGGCAAUGCUCCUCCGCCCGAUCCUCGAAUCACGAACCUGAAAGUAUCUAUGCCCCGUACCGUUCCCGCUCCACUGCGAUUCGCGCGUAACCGCUAUCUACGCCACUGGACUAUACAUAGGGCUUGGCAAUUAUACCAGCGCCAGGAGCGGGAGAGGGAGCAACAUGAACUAGAAAGGAUGUACCAAUCGAUGCAUAACGCCUGCGAGGAAUUGCGUAAGACGAGCGGACCGGGUACACGUGACGAAGGAUACCUGUACCGCGUGGCUAUGGAGAAGAAGGGUGCUUAUGGACACAACGGUAUACCGAUCGAGUACGCAAGACCGCUAACCGAAACGCCAGCUCGCGAGCCUUGGAACUACGACUGGAAGCGGUGAGAGCAGUCCCGGCCAGGCGGAAGGCGUGUGUAAAUAUUAUGUAAAAAGUCUAGAUUGAUCU